GAAAAAACAGCGUGUAACUGUAAACGAAGAAAACAUUAUGCAUGUCAUCAUUGUCAAGUACAAAUUGUGACAUUUAGAAUUGAAUUUUGAACACUGUCUGUUAUAGAGAGGUGUGUUCAUCAGUCACUGAGUGUCGACCUCGAUGUAGCAGUUCUAAGUAAUCCAACGAUAUAUCUUGACGAGAAUGAAGUUCGACUGGGCACCGGCUGUCUACAGAAACCUCAAUGGGAUUCUCUGUGUGUACAAACCAUCUGGUCUUCCCGUUCACAAAGUUACAGAGAUCAUACAGGCAAACAUUGUCAGAGAUCUGAAUGCAUUGCCGUGUUACAAGUACGAAAGAUUAGUGAGGAACGUAAACACCGACCCUGUCACUGCAGCAGCCACCACGUCGUUGUCGAUGCCGACAGUAACCACACAACCCACAGUACAGGAUGAAUUGUCAGAACACAGGCUAGUUCUUGGACCACGUUACAUCCCAUCGGACAUCACAAUGCGUCAUAUUCAUGGAUUGUCAAGGCACACUUCAGGAGUACUCGUGUAUGGAGUUGGGAGAGGCUGUCAGUAUAUAGAACACAUCGCACAAGCAAAAUAUCUCCGGGUCUACCAUGUAAAAGGAAGAUUUGGUUGGGCUACUGAAAACUUUUCUCCUAAAGGCCGGAUUAUUGAAAGAACAUCAUUUCGUCAUAUCACGAAGCCAAAGCUGGACAAGGUCUGUGCCUCAGCCCAGGCUGGACAUACCAAGAACAUGUUUGAGUAUGCAGGUGUCCAUCCAGACAGCCAGGCAGCGUACGAGCUGGCUGCCAGGGGUCUUGUUCGCCCUGCCCACGGCCAGACUCCUCCUAUGUUGUACGGGGUCAAAUGUAUCGACUUCAAUCCCCCGGACUUUACGCUGGAAAUCCACGCCAUUAAUGAAAAGUGUACCUACAUGGGACACCUGAUUCACGAUAUCGGCCUGCAGCUAAAAUCUGGUGCAGUGUGCACGCACAUCAGACGACUUAGAUACGGCCAUUUUCUUCUUGACCACGCUCUGCUUAGAAACGACUGGACCCUUGAGAACAUCCUGCUGAACAUGAGACUGUGUCGCCCCCUGGUGUCGGUCGACAAACUGCUGUCUGACAUCAACAUCAAACAGCUUCCGUCUGGAGCAGACGUCAGGAGGAUUUCGUCUGGACAUGAUGUCGCAGAUACAGAACCUCGAUUGUCUAACACAAGAACAAAAAACAUUGUGUCCUUACUGGACAGCAAGAGUGAAAUAAAUGAUGACUCAUUGAUAAGGGGAGACAAUGCAAAUGAUGAUUCAUUGAAAGGGGGAAAUGAUGAAAAUGAUUCAUUGAUAAGGGGAGAUAAUGCAAAUGAUGAUUCAUUGAUAAGGGGAGAUAAUGCAAAUGAUGAUUCAUUGAAAGGGGGAGAUGAUGAGAAUGAUUCAUUGAUAAGGGGAGACGAUGCAGAAGAUAUCUCGUACAAAAGAAAUGAAAGAAUGUAUCCAUCUAGAUGAUGGAAUGUUACAGUUUACUGAACUUUUCAUAAUAACUAUUCUUUUUUUUUAAAGACUACAUCCCUG